UGGCAUUUUUCUGCCAAUGUCUCCAGCCUGCCAUCUCAACACAAUCUCGCUUUUUCUACUACACCACAGCCGCAGAUCUCCUGGACAAACAGAGAUUUUUCUUGUCAAAUGAUAGCGCAUAUAAUCAUUCAUUCAACCCAAUCCUCUAGUAACAAGCUCGAAAUGAACAGCUAAUGGUCUUGACAUGUCUCGUGCCAUACUAGUGCAUUUUUUCACCCUAACGACACCGCAUACUAGUACCACGGCCAGGUCUGUCAUCAUUCCCGCAGCACAUUCUAUAACUUUCGAAGAUCCAUUCAAAGGCGCCAUGAAACUUUUGAAGCAGAAACGUGAAGACUCCAUGAAACGGCCCCAAACAUCGAAUCGUAGAUCUACCACCACGAUGGCAAUGCUAUCACCUCCGAUUCAUGACACCACUUCGACUUCUUCAGCGCCUGCCAUUCGUGCUGUCGUCGCCGCACCUAUAAAUACCAAGAGAUUCCGUCCGGCUGCCACCAAGAACGGCCUGAGAAAUCUUUGCGCUCAUCGCUGGCUGAAGCAGCUAUAGUAAUGCCGAACGGAUCCUCGCAAGACUUCAAGGUAUAUUGGGACUCGCUCGAGAAGACCCGUCAAGCGAGCUACGACAUCGAGGCUUCGAAUCUGGUUGCCGACAGUGUGUGGACUGCGAACACAGUCGACGUUCUCGCGAAAUUAUCUGGUGGCACGUUGCAUUAGCUAGGCGCUGGGUAUCGUGAGCAGGGGUGGGUAGUAGGACGGAGGAGCUGGUGCGAAUGGGCGGGCGGGUAGCCUAUUUUUAUAGUGUUUUCUCGUUGUUUUGUUGCAGUCUAAAUGCAUUGUUUUCCGUCA